GGCAAAGCGGUACAGAGACUUGCUCCAAAACUUCAUGCCAGAAGUGACCCAAGCAUACAUGGCCUCUGCAGGGACUUCUUUCGAGAUGGUGAAGGCUAUGAUUCCACCAGUUCCAGCAACAGCAGGUAGCGGAACCGGAACUUCAAAGCCGCAAGAGCCAACCAAGAAGCAGAAUGGUCAUUACUACCGGGCGGGCAAAGGGUGGAUGACGAAGGUGGUCGUCAAGUCUGUGCACAUGAUGAGCCAGAGUUCGAAGAACCUGACAGCAGUUGCUGAGGCCCGGGCCAGCCUGACGACAGUGAAGCGGUUGACUGAAGCUUCGGUGCGAGCUGGCGUGGACUUUGCGCAAGCGUUGCAGGAUGCAACGCAGGUUGCCAGACCGCAAUGCCUGACUCCACUGAUCUGGCAGUGCAGCUAUGAUGCUCGUGAACUGGUGCCACAAGCCGGAAUGACCCCUUCAACGCCGUUGCUUGAGGAGAUGUUGCAGCAGCGGGAAGAGCUACAGCUGCGCGUCAAGGGCCCUCUUGGCUGCAGUCUGACAGGUGAAGACUUGAAAGGCCUUUGCAACGACAUGCGCAAGAAGCGCAAGGAAGCUGCGGAGAUUGAUUCUGAAGAGAGAUUGCUGAGAGCUCGAGCUGGCCUGGGCAAACUCGUGAAACAAGAGCUUGACUGUCGCAAUGCGGUCAAAAUGUUAGGGUUGAACGAAGAGAUUUUGCUUGAGGAGCAGGAGCAGAAGCAAACCAUACCUGCCCGGCGACGUUCAGCAGACCGACUGGCCGCCCGCUUCUUGCAGGAAAGCGAGGAGGUCACUGACGCUCAGGUCUUGGCGGUGUUGAGUGAAUGGGGUUUUGAAGAGAACAGUUCGAGGCAGAAUGUUAUGCCGCGUGGCAGGACCUUUAUCUAUAGCGACAUCUUGGGCGCUGUGAGGACGAGGAUGGGCGCUGUCCAGCUAACUCAACCGACUGCGCUGUACCCGAACGUCAGCCGGCUGUUGUGCAAGAAUUUUCAGCAGAGCUCAGGAAUGGCCAUUCCCCACACGAGCAUGUGCAUCAACAAGGGGUAUCCUUCAAAGAAACACCGUGAUUCACACAACGAAGGGCCUUCUGCCAUCAAAGGCUUUGGAUCCUACGACGGGGGUGAGCUCUUGUACUGGCCGCGCGACAGCGGGCAAAGCUUGGCGAGCCUUGCAGAGUCCGACGCCAGCGUCUUAGACAUACGCACUCCGACAGCUUUCGACGGCUGCCGAGCGCAUGCCACGAAAGCUUUCCAAGGGACUCGGUUCAGCGUGGUCCUGUACACCGUGAAGAAUUUUGAAACCUUGCAGGGCCACCAGCGGAACCUAGCCACACAUGUUUAGAGGUUUUAAUGGGGCGUAGGGACGACCCCGAACUGCUGAUGCAUUGGGUUCAUUGCUAUCGGCUUUCUUUUGUUUACGUGUGGCGACGCUGUUUGGAACCUUUCUACUUUUUCCCUCAGGAUAUUGUUGUCCGAAGCUGGGUACAAUGUUAGCUCACCUGCCAGCAUGGCCCGUUUCAAAGCAGUCCUCUCAGUUUCUGAACCUCGGUUGAGCCAGCCUUUUUUCUGUUGUAACCUGAAAGCACCCCGGCUUAUAAGUACUUUCCAUGUGCCUUUUGAGCAGAACGUUGUCUACGCGUGUCAGGACUUUUCAGCCUUCCACCUGCCGUCCAUGGGUCAAACUCGGUCGGCGUUGCCUGAGAAGAGGAGUUCUGCUGAAAGCGCAUGCCCGGAGGCGAAAAGGGCAAGAACGGCGCUGCCAGAUGGGGUGAUGCCUCUGAGUGGCAGAGCCAAAGCCUGGAAUUUGCCGGAGGGCUGGGCGUGCGGUUUCAAGAUGACUUCCACGAACAGAAAGGUCAAAGUAGCCGUCGGCCCAUGUGGGCAGGUGUUCUGGGACUUGCGUCAGGCCAAGCGAGCCUACCCUGGCGUGCUUUGAUCGACCCUCACGCGCAGCAGUUCAAAUCACGCACUCAGUUCAGUGAUACUUGGAAAGCUUUUUUGCACUCAGCCUCAGCCAGCCUGUUUUUCGCACCAAUGGCAACCAUGUGGUGAUGCAGGCGUACCUUCGUGCCGUCAAAACAUUAGCUUGAGCGCCCCAUGGGGAUGUCACAGUUGCGCCGCUUUUGAUUCCAAAGAACUGUUGUAACAGACCAGAUUGAAUUCAAAAAUGGGUUGUCAAGACGAUUUUUAGGGUAUUGCUGGCUGAGCUUCUAUUCCUAAAACUCAGACAGCCUGGCCAUAAGACCAUUGGCGUCAAGGCGACAAGGGUGCUGCAUUUAUGUUGCAAGGGCGUGUUGCGAGCGACCGUCUUGCCGGAGAGAAGGGCAUGGGGUACAGGGUAUUAGGCGUUGGAAUUGAAUUCUGUCAACGCAUUGUGCCAUUGAACGGAUUGGCCUGGCCCGACCUUUCUUUUGAGCCUCGAUCAACCUUCGUUCGGUGCGCCCGGCUUCAGACCUUCUCAGCUCAAGCUGAGCUGGUUGGGCCAGCUAAAGUCAGGUACAGGUAGAGG